GGAAUUCUUCCCGUGGAUUUUGCCGUCCCUGCUGCUGCUCUGCACCCAACAGCACACCUGUACCAGAGCUAUGAAUGACAUUGGAGAUUAUAUAGGGUCAAACAUAGAAAUAUCUUGGUUACCCAAUUUGGACGACUUGAUGCAAGGGUAUGCUCGGAAUUUCAGGCCGGGCAUUGGAGGUCCUCCUGUCAACGUUGCUCUAGCCAUUGAAGUAGCCAGCAUUGACCACAUCUCAGAAGUCAAUAUGGAAUAUACAAUGACAGUCUUCCUACACCAAAGCUGGCGGGAUGACCGGCUAUCCUAUAACCACACUAAUGAAACUCUGGGCUUGGACAGUCGCUUUGUGGACAAGCUCUGGCUACCAGACACCUUCAUAGUCAAUGCCAAAUCUGCCUGGUUUCACGACGUCACUGUGGAGAAUAAGCUCAUUCGGCUGCAACCCGAUGGGGUCAUUUUGUACAGCAUCAGGAUCACCUCAACGGUGGCGUGCGACAUGGACCUUACCAAGUAUCCGAUGGACGAACAGGAGUGCAUGCUGGAUUUGGAGAGCUAUGGCUACUCCUCAGAGGAUAUCGUCUACCACUGGUCCGAAAACCAGGAUCAGAUCCAUGGCUUGGAUAAACUCCAGCUUGCUCAGUUCACGAUCACCAAUUAUCGAUUCGCGACCGAAGUGAUGAACUUCAAAUCUGCUGGCCAGUUUCCCCGCCUGAGCCUCCACUUCCACUUGCGGCGGAAUCGAGGUGUUUAUAUCAUCCAGUCCUACGUGCCUUCCAUACUCUUGGUAGCCAUGUCGUGGGUUUCUUUCUGGAUCAGCCAAUCAGCGGUGCCUGCCCGGGUCUCGUUAGGUAUAACUACAGUCCUCACCAUGACCACCCUGAUGGUGAGCGCUCGUUCUUCCCUCCCGAGGGCUUCUGCCAUCAAAGCCUUGGACGUGUAUUUCUGGAUUUGCUACGUGUUUGUCUUCGCCGCGCUGGUGGAGUAUGCCUUCGCUCAUUUCAAUGCCGACUACAUGAAAAAGCAAAAAGACAAGCUGAAGACCAGCAGGCAGACCGGAGAGGUCAACGUGAAGAACGCCAUUGUUAUGUUUUCCCUUUCGAUAGCUGGCGUCAACCAGGAGUUUGCUGUUUCAAACAGGCAUCGCAGAGUUCCAAAAAACCUGCCUGGGGCGUUUGGUUCAGUCGAAGUAGAAACAGGAGAGACAAAGAAGCAACAGGAAACCAAGUCUGAGAAGAAAUCCGGCCUGAAAUCUCUCUUCAAGCCCAUUGAUGCAGACACCAUUGACAUAUAUGCUCGGGCUGUCUUCCCAGCAGCCUUUGCAGCAGUCAAUGUCAUCUACUGGGUGGCUUAUACAAUGUAAGAAUUCAAAAUGGAGGCUAACAGGUCACUCACAUGUUCUGGGCCAAAGUGGAAAG